GAUCUAUGGUCCAUUGCAGUGAUUGCACUAUUCCAACAUCUGCAAUUAUUCAACCUCGGAAUCUUGGUGAAUAGAAAACAUGGGCGAAGCGAUGCAGGGGUUUGGCUAUGCGUUUUGCCUUCUGCUUUCCGUACUGCUCAAUAUUUUAUUCGCGGCGAAUAUUUUGUAUGGGGGAGACGGAGACUGGGGGCUCCGGGAGCUGAAGUGGAGUCAGGACGCGGCGGCGGCGGCGGAGGCUGUGGCUGCGCUUGAGUGCUCCGGCCAUGGCAGAGCGUAUCUCGACGGGAAGAUUGGUGAUGAUGGUAUUACACCCGUCUGUGAGUGCCACACCUGCUAUUCUGGUCAUGAUUGCUCUCUCCUAUUGCCUGACUGCUUUGCUGAUGCUGACGGUGGGGAUCCUUUGUUUCUGGAGCCUUUCUGGGUGCAAAAUGCAGCUAGCAGUGCGGUGGUUGUGUCAGGAUGGCAUCGGAUGAGCUAUUCAUUUCCAGCCGGUAGUUCAAAUCCAGGUAGUUCAUAUUUCUCCCAAGAACUGGAGAAUCACAUCCGGAAAGUGCACGCCGUUGCCGGAAAUGCAAUCACCGACGGCAAAUAUAUCGUCUUUGGUGUCGGCUCAACUCAACUCUGUAAUGCGGCUGUUUAUGCUCUUUCUUUGGAAAACUCUUCCUCUCUUUCACCGACAAAAGUCGUCGCCAAAAUCCCCUUUUAUCCGCUUUAUAAGUCGCAGACUGAAUAUUUUGAGACCAAAUAUUAUGAAUUCCAAGGAGAUCCGUCUUUGUUGAACAAUGAUACAGAUGCAGCUGGAAAUGUGAUCGAGUUUGUAACUUCCCCCAACAAUCCAGAUGGCCAUUUGAGGGCGCCGGUUGUAGGAGGUCCCUUUGCAAGGACGAUUUAUGAUCGAGCUUAUUACUGGCCUCAUUUCACUGCCAUCCCUGCUGCCGCUGAUGAACAUCUUUCCAUUUUCACCAUCUCCAAGCUCACCGGCCAUGCUGGAACCAGAUUCGGGUGGGCAAUUGUAAAAGAUAAGAGUGUGUAUGAAAACAUGGUGGCGUAUAUAAGGGCAGCAGAGCUGGGAAUUUCAAAGGAGACACAGUUGAGGGCUCUUACUCUCCUGAAAACAGUCCUCCAGGGUGAUGGCAGGGGAAUCUUCAACUUUUCUUAUGAAAAAAUGAAGAACAGAUGGGAAAAGCUGAGCCAGAUCAUAUCCCGGUCUCAUAGAUUCGUCAUCCAAGAAAUCUCUCCUAAGUACUGCAAUUUUUUCGAGAAAAUUCGAGGACCCUCUCCAGCGUAUGCGUGGGUGAAGUGUUUAUGGGAGGAAGAAACAAAUUGCAGUGCAGUCCUGAAAGCCGCGAAGAUCAUAGGGCGAGCAGGCAGCAUGUACGGCGCCGAGGAUCGUUAUGUGCGGCUCAGCCUCCUCAAGAGGGACGACGAUUUCGAACAGUUGCUGGCUCGGUUGAGGGAAUUUGUCGCCAUAGAAGAUGGUGCGAAAACCAUGUGAAUAUAACAUUUUAAUAAGUCACAAGGCUAUGUUUAUUCAUUUCAUGCCUUCGAAUAAUGAUCUGUGGGUCAUAAGAAAAAUUGUACUUGAAAUUUGGUUUCCAGGUGUGUAUUUCAUUGACGCAGUUACAGUUAUUCGACCACAAUAUUUUUGCAA